AUGGACAACUCGACCAAGAUGCCACCACAAACCUCGCUGUUCCAGGUCUAUCUACGCCUUCGACCUGCGUUUCAGCUCCCGCAGUCAAAGCAAAAGCCUGAGCCGUGGCUUAUCGUGGAACCGCCGAAUUCACCUGUCGAACCCGAUGAAAACUCAUGCAAUACCUUCUCGAGCCACAUCACGCUACAGCCUCCCAAUGACUCAAGAAAGCGCGCAAUUGAAAGAUUCGGAUUUACAAAGGUAUUCCAGGAGGAGGCAACACAAUUAGACAUAUUCGAUGAGACUGGCGUGGCAGACACAAUUAAGAGCGUGCUGCAAACCGGAAGAGAUGGCCUUGUUGCCACAUUGGGAGUUACAGGCAGUGGGAAGAGCCAUACAAUCCUUGGAUCAAAGUCUCAACGAGGACUCACACAGAUGACUCUGGAUGUUCUUUUCAGGUCAAUUGGCGAGCAUAUACGUCGACCGCACCAUCCAGAUCUCCCCACGGAUACUGGCCUGCUUUCUUCCCUCCAGGUGUCUGAUCCCGCCGAAGCCCAGAUCUUGUCGGCAACCACUUUCCUCGAGUCAAUCUACAGCGAUGGCGAUCGAGCUAGACUAUCACGAGCGCAGACACCCAUGUCACGAGCUCAAACCCCCAUGAUGGUAGGCAUUCACAACAAUGGGCUUCCCGGCUCAUUUCCUGCACCUCCCCGAACCCGUUCAAACUCCAACACUAUUGAAAACCCAUUGCCGUUGGCAUCGAUCCCCGACCAUUUCACAGGCUGUGCUCUGUCAUCCGUACAGGUACCUUCGAGUAUCUCUGAUAUGAUUUAUCCGCUCGAGAAAGAACCCUGGCGGCCGCCGUCAAAAGUCCCAUUUUUAAGUCGCCUGAAAAACUUGAGAAAGUCCCCUGCUAAAUCUGUGCUUGUCAAGGAAUCUAUGGGUCACUCUGUCCGAAGGCCUCCUCUGCCUCGACCGUCCACAUUCCCCCAGAACCCUGACGUGGGAGGAUUUACCGUAGACAUCGAGCAAGAUUCCGAGUAUGUCGUCCUCGUAUCGAUGUACGAGGUAUACAACGAUCGCAUUUUUGACCUGCUAUCGAAUGCCACGUCACCAAAUGCACCACCAACAUCGACACGGCAAGGAGCCGCUCUGCAGAAGGGUUUGCUCCGGCGUCCAUUACUGUUUAAGAACACCGAAAUGUCCCCCGAUAUGAAAGUUGUUGCUGGGCUUCGGAAAGUUGUAUGUGGUAGUUAUGAUGAGGCAAUGAUGAUUCUUGAAACGGGCCUCACCGAGCGGAGAGUCGCAGGAACAGGAAGCAAUAGUGUCAGUUCCAGAAGUCAUGGCUUCUUCUGCAUCGAAGUGAAAAAGCGAACGAGGUCGAACUACCAUGAUGGGUACUUAAUAUCCUGUCAAUCUCCUUGGACUGGAGGAACCAUGACCAUCUGUGAUCUCGCUGGUUCCGAACGUGCCCGCAACGCCAAAACCACCGGCUCGACGCUGGCGGAAGCAGGAAAGAUCAACGAGAGCUUGAUGUACCUUGGACAGUGUCUGCAGGUCAUCAAUGAUUGCCAACAAGAAGGAAGCAAGCCUAUCGUCCCGUUCCGGCAGUGCAAGCUAACCGAGCUUUUGUUUUCAAACUCUUUUCCAUCAUCGAACCAUACUGUCGCAUGCAGACCACCACAGAAGGGGGUGAUGAUUGUCACAGCUGAUCCUCUUGGAGACUUCAAUGCCACAAGUCAGAUUCUGAGAUAUGCAGCCAUGGCUCGAGAGGUUACAGUUCCCAGGGUUCCCAGCGUGACUAGCACGAUCUUGGGGGGACCUCAAGGGAAGGCAUUACAAACUGGCCGGGCUACUCCACAUGAUGUUGCAAAUGCGUUCUUCAUCACGAAAGAACUAGAUCAGGCAACCCAUGAGGCGGCAAGACUAGCUGAAGAAUGCGAUUUCUUGGCUGUCAAACUCGCGGAAGAAGAAAUCAAGCGAACUGAGGCAGAACUGAAGCUACAAGCAGCGGAGGAGAAGCUCACCGUCAUGGAGCAAGAAGUUCGUGAGGAGUGCUGGACAGAGAUGGAGGAACGGCUGGACGAGGAGAGAGAAAGAUGGAGAGCAGCGUGGGAGCAGGAGAGGCUGAGAGGAGAGGCGUAUGUGGAUGGCAAGCUUGAAAUCCUCGAGAAAACAGCAAAGAUCACGAUCCACGAGGAUACUCCUGGUGACGGGAGGAUUGAGGAGCUUGAGAGAGAAAAUGAGAGCCUCCGAGUCAAACUGCGCGCGCUGGAACAAGAGAUUCAGACAAGAAGCCCAACAAAGAAAUCUCGAGGCACGGCCACGUCCAAAUCGCCACUCAAAAGUUUGGUCUUGCAGGAGUCUUCCAACACCAACAUUGCGACCAACCCUUUUCUAGCUUCUUUGAGGGCAUCGGCCAAGGAUCGAGACAGCGAGGCAACGCUCAAGCCCAGGCAAAGCGACGAUGGGUUGGACAUAUGUGAUGUUUCGCCACGGAAGCUGUCACUACGGAGCUCAAGUGUGACCAGGAUAUCGGUGCUGGAAGACUCACAAGUGGCUGCUCCCCCUGUCAAGAAGCAGCGAAAGUUGACGACGCGGAAAUGGGAUCUUGGUGACCCAGACGCUCUUUGA